UUGGCGUUCCCGCGUCGUUCACAGCCCAUUGCGUCCCAUACUGUGCGUAUCCCAGUACUAGCUACUACUUUUCACAGUUGAGUGCCGAGUUUGUGAGAGGGAAUGUCAAGCGGAGAUUCAUUGGUUAGUGAAGCCGACGGGAACGGUGGCAUAAUGGCUCAACAGAAGAACCUGGAGGGCUAUGUGGGCUUUGCAAAUCUACCCAACCAAGUUUACAGAAAAUCUGUGAAGCGGGGUUUCGAGUUCACUCUCAUGGUUGUGGGGGAAUCUGGACUGGGGAAAUCAACGCUGAUAAACUCGCUCUUUCUGACAGACCUGUACUCUGCUGAAUACCCAGGGCCCUCUCAUCGAAUUAAGAAAACUGUACAGGUGGAACAAUCAAAGGUCCUCGUAAAGGAAGGUGGAGUUCAUCUUCUGCUCACCAUUGUUGACACUCCCGGCUUUGGCGAUGCCGUCGAUAACAGUAACUGCUGGCAACCAGUCAUCGAUUACAUUGACAGCAAGUUUGAGGAUUACCUCAAUGCAGAGUCUCGGGUCAACAGGCGACUUAUGCCAGACAGCAGGGUGCAUUGCUGUUUGUAUUUUAUCGCUCCAUCAGGUCAUGGACUCAAGCCACUCGACAUCGAAUUCAUGAAACGGUUACAUGAAAAAGUCAACAUCAUCCCCCUCAUUGCCAAAGCCGACACAAUGACUCCAGAGGAGUGUCAACAGUUUAAAAAAACAAUCAUGAAAGAAAUUCAGGAGCACAAAAUCAAAAUCUAUGAAUUUCCUGAGACGGACGAUGAGGAGGAGAUGAAGAUGGUCAGAAAAAUCAAGGAUCGUUUACCCUUAGCUGUGGUUGGCAGUAACACCAUCAUCGAGGUCAACGGAAAGCGAGUGCGAGGCAGGCAGUACCCCUGGGGCGUGGCUGAAGUGGAAAACGGAGAACACUGUGACUUUACAAUCCUGCGAAACAUGCUCAUAAGGACCCAUAUGCAGGACCUUAAGGAUGUAACAAACAACGUCCACUACGAGAACUAUCGAAGCAGGAAACUAGCUGCAGUAACUUACAAUGGUGUGGACAACAACAAGAACAAGGGACAGCUAACCAAACCUGAGACGGCUGAAGGCAUGAGUCCUCUGGCUCAGAUGGAGGAGGAGCGACGGGAACAUGUUUCCAAGAUGAAGAAAAUGGAGCAGGAAAUGGAACAAGUGUUUGAAAUGAAGGUCAAAGAGAAGCUCCAGAAGCUCAGAGACUCUGAAGCUGAGCUCCAAAGGCGCCAUGAGCAAAUGAAAAAGAACCUAGAAGCUCAGCACAAGGAACUUGAGGAAAAACGCCGCCAACAUGAGGAGGAGAAGGCCAGCUGGGAGGCACAGCAGAGGAUCCUGGAACAGCAGAAAUUAGAUGCCUCCAGGACUUUGGAAAAGAACAAAAAGAAGAAGAUAUUUUAACAUCCUUGGAGGACCCUCUCCAUGUUCCAGUGUAUUAUUUGCCAACCUGCCACCCUCGAUUGUCAGAUAAUCUGUCAGUAAAACACAAUCGCUGUUUGACCAUAACUGUAAUAAUCUAGAGAAAGCCAGGGGGCAGUAUUGUCUGGACUCUGAAUUAAACCGAUCACUCCCUGCUCCUAUGAAAUAGUCAAAGAAAUGUCUUUUUUUUUUCUAUACUGAUUCAGCAAUAAUUUAAUUUUGGUUACCCAGAAAUCACAAACUGGAGGUCAGAUCUCAGAGUUCAAUUAUUCUUUCCUCAUCUCUUCUUCAUCUUGGGAAUGAUUUCACUGCACUGCUCGGUGCAGCGUCCUUUUAAUGCCAAAAAAACAAAGAAAGAGGUCAGCCUUUCAUUUCCUGCACACUGCAGAGAAAGGCUGAAGCUCACCUCAGGCACUGUUUUUUAUAUAUGUGUAUCUUUCAGUUCAUUUAUUUAGGUAUCACAUUUAAUUUCCUCCAUGAUGUUAUGCUCUUCCAUCUCUCGUGUAAAUUGUAUACCAUUGAACUGCAGUGUUUAACUUUGAUUGUGUUUAACAUUUUCUUACAUUUUGUUCAUUUUUCUUUUUGUAUCGGCCCGACAUCAUCAUGUUCAUUUUGUUUCCAGUGUCACAGCCGGCGUUUUCCAGUUCCGCUUGUGGAAAUCAAAAAUGUAUUUUUGACUUCACUCACGCUGAGUGUUAACUAUACAAACCCACUGCUCAUGAAGCAGUUCCUUUUGGAUUUUUUUGUGCCGAUUUUGUUGGAAAAUGUCACUAAGAGAGUUGUCUUCCCUGGGGCAGGAUGUGGAAAGCUCAUGCUGGGUGCUGAUGGAGCUGUAGAGCUUAAUUCAAACAGUGGUUGGCCUAAAAACCGCACAGAGAUGGUUUUCUUUACAUCACAUCCAGCACUGAUGGUGUACUGCAUCUAUUUUGUAAUGUCAUGUUUUUAUUGUACAAAGUCAAAUAAUAAAAUUGUGUUGGGAAAAAA